UCUGCAGACAUGUAAACUGCUCAUAAAGCCCUAGCUGAAACUUGAAGUGUGUUUUUUUAUAUAUAUACUUUAAGCUGUAUUGGAAUUCCAAAUUUAGAUUUGGGCACACAGCCACUUUAUUAAGUCUUGGUUUGUAUUGUGAUAUGUUUAAAAACUCUAAACAUUGAAAUAUUAUAAAACCAUAUACUGUUUGUCAGUUAAACGCUAGAUCUAUUCCCUUAUAAAGGUUCACCAUUGAAAAAGCACAGCAAAGUGCAAUAAAGCACAGUGAAAGCACGGCAACGCAUAGGCAUUUCUCUGGGUUUUCUGUGGGUCAUCGGAGCAGUUUCAUUCAACGGAAGAUGUCUGGGAACGGGGUGUUAUUCCAGUCUCGGGGAAAAGUGCUGACGGUGGACACCAUGAACCCCGCUGUGAAGAAAGUGGAGUACGCGGUCCGGGGUCCCAUCGUCAUCCGCGCCGUGGAGCUCGAGAAGGAACUCAAACAGGGUGUGAAGAAGCCGUUCACUGAGGUCAUCAAAGCCAACAUCGGAGAUGCCCACGCCUUGGGCCAGCGGCCAAUCACCUUCCUGCGACAGGUGCUUGCUCUGUGCACCUAUCCGGACCUUCUGAAUGAUAACAAGUUCCCAGAAGAUGCGAAGGAGCGAGCGCGCAGGAUCCUGCAGGCCUGUGGAGGAGGCAGCAUCGGAGCAUACAGUGCCAGUCAGGGUAUCGAGUGUGUUCGUCAGGACGUGGCGCAGUACAUCGAGAGGAGAGACGGAGGAAUCCCUUCCGACCCAAACAACAUCUACCUGUCCACCGGAGCCAGCGACGCCAUCGUGACGCUUCUGAAGCUGCUGGUGUCGGGUGAGGGGAGGUCUCGCACAGGGGUGCUGAUCCCCAUCCCUCAGUACCCCCUGUACUCGGCAGCCCUGUCGGAGCUGGGUGCUGUGCAGGUCAAUUACUACCUGGACGAGGAGAACUGCUGGGCCCUGGACGUGCAGGAGCUGCGGAGAGCGGUGACUGUAGCCAGGCAGCACUGCCAGCCCAAAGUACUGUGCAUCAUCAACCCGGGCAACCCCACUGGUCAGGUCCAGAGCAGGAAGUGCAUUGAAGAUGUGAUCCGAUUCGCUGCAGAGGAGAAGCUCUUCCUGAUGGCAGACGAGGUCUACCAGGAUAACAUCUAUGCGCAGGGCUGCCAGUUCCACUCCUUCAAGAAGGUUCUGUACGAGAUGGGGCCUGAGUACUGCGACACUGUGGAGCUCGCCUCCUUCCACUCCACAUCCAAGUGCUACAUGGGCGAGUGUGGGUUCCGGGGCGGGUACAUGGAGGUGAUCAAUCUUGACCCCCAGGUCAAGCUGCAGCUCACCAAGCUGGUGUCGGUGCGGCUGUGUCCCCCUGUCCCGGGACAGGUCCUGUUGGACGUCAUCGCCAACCCCCCCAGAGAGGGGGAGCCCUCGUACGAGCAGUUUAUCAAGGAGAAGACUGCAGUUCUGAAUAACCUGGCAGAGAAGGCCCGACUCACGGAGGAGAUAUUCAAUACCGUUCCAGGGAUCAAGUGCAACCCAGUGCAGGGAGCCAUGUACUCCUUCCCCAGGAUUGAGAUCCCUGACAAGGCCGUGAAGGAGGCCCAGGCGAAGGGUCAGUCUCCAGACAUGUUCUACUGCAUGAAGCUCCUGGAGGAGAUGGGGAUCUGCAUCGUACCGGGCAGUGGCUUCGGACAGCGAGAGGGGACGCACCACUUCAGGAUGACCAUUCUCCCUCCGACAGAGAAGCUCAGGAUCCUUCUGAACAAACUGAAGGAGUUCCACGAGAGGUUCACCCGGGAGUAUUCCUAAACAGACCCCGAUAACCACGCACAGCAAUCCCACCCGGAGUAUCUGAGUCCCAGAGAGACCCUUUCCUAAGGGAACCCCGAGAAAGAUUCCAGACAUCUUCUGUCACAGGAAUAAAAAAUCCAAUGCACAAAAGCCAGCAGAAUCCAGGCUACAGCCUCCCGGGGCAGUGUGGUCUGUGGACUGGAGAGGGGGAUUCUGGGUGCAGAUCCCACACCAGCCAUCAUCAGAGUCAGAUGUAUUCCAGGGUGUUAAUGCUUUUAGUGGUCGUUUUAAAUUUUACAUUUAUGUUGUGUAUUUUGCAAUAGUAAACAGAACUAUAUCUGUAGAAAACAAAAAUAUAUCAAGAAAUCCGGGAAAGUAAAGAUUAUUUAGACUGAAAAAGGAAACACAGAUUGUCUUGAAACCUGUGUACUUUUCUAACUGUUAUAAACACUGCUGCUAGGGUGUUUACUUUUUAAAAGUGUAAAACAAUUAUUGUAGUAAAGAGAAUAUCUUCAUCAGUUUAUCAUUUUGAAGGCAAUACAAACACAAACUUCAAAUUCAAAGAGAUUAAAAGUAAAUACAACAUGGGGUUUACUGUGUUUUUACUGAAUAUUCUUUCAAAAAUCAAACAAAUACUCUCUGAUUUUGAAUUAGCUGGAAUUUAAUUUGGGCAUAUUACAGUUAAAAUAAAAAUAAUAACCUGUGUAUCUUAGUACCUCAGUCCCUGUGUUGUAGUUCCUUCGUUUACUAUUAAUAUACAGGUAGUGGACAAAAAAAUGGAAACACCCAUGUAAAGUCACUUAAUAGUGCGUUGGGCCACUAUGGUAUCCCGCUCUGUGGAGUUCUCGGCGUACCGUUUUUGAUGAAAUUGGCUGCUCGCACCCCGAGGUUGAAAUUUGCAGUCAAUUGAUCUGCAGUUGCUCGCCUGUUUUGCCUUGCACUUCGAAUUAAUGCACGGAUAUCAACAACCUUGAGUAUGCGCUUCCACCCACUGUUGCCCUUUGCUGAUGAUGUCUUUCCCUUGGAGUUCCAUGCCGACAUCACCUUAGACACCUUUCCUUGUGAAACAUCAGCAAGUUGAGCUGUCUUGGUCACUGAAGCUCCUGCCAAACACGUCCCAACAAUCGCCCCUCUUUCAAAGUCACUGAGGUCUCCUCUUGCAGCCAUGCUAGCCAUAAUUAUAGGCAACCAGGCCUGUCCAGCAUUUUUAUACAUGACCCUAUGCAUGCUGGGAUGUUAUUUGCUUAAUUAACGCAUUAACCACACCUGUGUGGAAGCCCUUGCUUUCAAUAUACUUGGUGUCCCUCAUUUACCCAGGUGUUUCCAUUUUUUUGUCCACUACCUGUAGUUCCUCACUACAAAACCAAUCUGUUUAGGUGCCUUGUCAUGAAGUGACUGUGUUGUAAUACCUCAGGAUGUGGUUCCCACAAGCUGUGAUCGGAUUGCAGAGCAUUACCUCUGCUCUCUGCUUGCGGUGCUCAAACACUAAAGUGCCUUAUUGUAUAACCAGGCUCGGAGCUGCUAUAGUAACGUGAGCUCUGUAUUCACCGUGUUUGCUCUCAGUGUCAGCGGUGCACAUACUGGCGUCCCUGAGAAAUUCUGGAAGCUUCUCUUUUGUACAACGUCUUGUCUUUUUUAAAGUACAGUAAAAUGUUCUUUCAGUGUUGUGGGGAGAGACGGGCCUUGUUGUACCGGCAGAUAAUGCCCACAUUACCCAUUUAACCAUCAACCAGUUCUUCAUUCUUGUUUGAGCUUUGCCUUGUGUUCGGCUUUCAGUUGGGGGGUGGGGACUGAGAGAGACGCUCUGCCAGUCUCAGACAAGCUGAACCCCCUGUCUUUCAUCACAUCUCAUAGGAUGCCAAUGCCAGGUAGCUGGCUACAACUGGUACAAUACAUCCUGCAGCUGUAGCAUUCAGGUCUUCUUAAAUUGCACAAAUUGAAUUUCUUGGGAGAAAUAAAAUAUAAAAUAUUAUUAAAUCAUGCAUAGUUUACUGUAAAUGUAGGUGCUAUCUGAAAUGUUUAACCACAUUUUAAAUAAACAAUGAGACUUUUAGAA